AUGAUGAUCGCCAUACCCAACGAAAAGUAUCUAUCCCGCAAGAAGAGAUGUACUACGACGAGGCCACUCAACAGUACCUCGCGUAUCCGCAAACUGCACAAGGAGUGUCUACUCCGACUCCAGCACAACCAUACACAGAGACUUCGGGAGAAUAUGAGGAUCCAGUACUUCAGGAUGCUCUUGCUCAAAGCAAACAAUAUACUCGUGAUCGAUACGGAAGUGGCGAGUCGUCGUCUGCAACAUACACCGCAUAUACACAAGAUGACGAAGACCAACCCACGCCCGCGGUGUCUGCGGGAAACCAAGAGCACAUUAUAG